GGAAAUUUGAGUUUCUCUUGUGUGGAGCCAUAUACGGUGCCUGUCUUUUUCAAUGCUACAAGUUACCUGGAAGUGCCCGGACGGCUUAACCAGGACCUGUUUUCAGUCAGUUUCCAGUUCAGGACUUGGAACCCCAGUGGUCUCUUGCUCUUCAGUCACUUUGCGGAUAAUUUGGGCAACGUGGAGAUUGACCUUACUGAAAGCAAAGUGGGUGUUCACAUCAAUGUCACACAGACCAAGAUGAGCCAAAUAGACAUUUCCUCAGGCUCCGGGUUGAAUGACGGACAGUGGCAUGAGGUUCGUUUCCUGGCCAAGGAAAACUUUGCUAUUCUCACCAUAGAUGGAGAUGAAGCCUCAGCAGUUCGAACUAAUAGUCCUCUUCAAGUUAAAACCAGCGAGAAGUACUUUUUUGGAGGCUUUCUGAACCAGAUGAACAACUCAAGUCACUCAGUUCUUCAGCCUUCCUUCCAAGGGUGCAUGCAGCUCAUUCAGGUGGAUGAUCAGCUUGUAAAUUUAUAUGAAGUGGCACAAAGGAAGCCAGGAAGUUUUGCCAAUGUCAGCAUUGACAUGUGCGCCAUCAUAGACAGGUAAGUGGUCUUUUCAUCCUGCCUCAAGUGGUCUAGACUUUCAAAAUUCAUGUUUCUGAUG